UUUAUUUUUCAAGACGCUUUAAAGGAACUGCCACCGUUUCGGGGAGGCGGACGCCAUGACGGGCCGUAAAUUCUCUAAGGAGAAGAAGCGACACCGCUCGCGUUUAAGCUGCCCAGAGGAAGGAGGCGGCAGCGAAAGAAAACGGCGGAGCACUGAGGCAGCCCGCGGCCCUCUGGAGGAAACCAAGUGUAUUAUUGCUCAGGUUCCAGAAAAGAAAGAUGUGGUAGAAGAACCCAGUGACAUAGAAGAAGGUGGACUAGAUCUGACUGUGCAAUUAAAGCCUGUUAGUUUCUAUAUUACGGACAAGAAGGAAAUGCUUCAGCAAUGCUUUUAUAUCAUAGGGGAGAAGAAAUUGCAGAAGAUGUUGCCUGAUGUUUUAAAGAACUGUUCUAUAGAAGAAAUUAAAAGGCUUUGUCUUGAACAGUUGGAACUUAUGUCGGAAAAGAAGUUAUUGAAAAUUCUUGAAGGUGAGGAUGGGGUGGAUUCUGACAGUGAUGAGGAGACCAAUGGUGCUGAAGAAAAGACAAUAGUUGAACCAGCCAGUCAAUUCUCACAGCUGGUUUUGUACAUCCAAGAGAAUUUGGGACUUACAUUUUUAGUACCUCAGUUAUCUUACUGCUUUAUUCUUAAACCUAAUGGAAAUAUCAAAGGUGGCAAAGGAGAAGAUAGCGACAUUCUCAGCAUCAAUGCAGAUGCAUACGACAGCGACAUUGAAGGACCAUGCCAUGAAGAAGAUAAUCCAGCUGUGCCAGAGCGGACGGUUGAAAGCGGAGACGGUCAGAUCGAUGACCUUCAGAAAGACAUUGAGAAAAGCGUCAACGAAAUCCUGGGCCUUGCCGAAUCCUCCCCAAAGGAGUCCAAGGCGGCAGCUUUAGCAGUUCCUCCCGCAGAUGAUGUUCAGCCAUCAGCACAGCAGCUGGAGCUCCUGGAGCUUGAGAUGCGAGCGAGGGCUAUCAAGGCCCUUAUGAAAGCUGGAGAUGUUAAAAAAUAGCCGCAGGGCUGCUUCAUUUGUUAAGAUCGUUGGAUUUGCUCUGAUGAGUGUAGGGUCAACUUCCUUCCACUCUACGGUCUAUUUGGACUAGUUUUGACAUUCCUCAUUCAAGCCCUUUGGGUAUUCUAGCUCAUAGCCAAAUGAAAUAGUUGGCAGCGGUUUAUCAGGGCCGUCAGUCUGCGUCUGUGACUUAUGUAAAUGGAUUGGUUUGAUG